UUUCAUUUUGUUAAAAUAACGCAUCGCGACCAGACACAUGUCGCUUAUAUUUCAAUAUUUAGUUAGUUCCUUAUUUGAUGUGAAGUGGACUUGUUUAAUUUAACAACUUGUCGUCUGCUUAACAAUACGAUCGAACACAUGUAGUGUGAUAAGACAAACGUUUGUUCAAACGGAAUAUUCAAUUAAUUAAAAGAAAAUUAAAAAUCCAUUUUAGAACGAAGAAUAUGUGAAAUAAAAAAUUAAGCAUUUUUCUUUAAAAUAAAAAGAAAAUAUUACAUAUAUAUUAAGUUAAUAUAAAAGGAAUAUUACAUUCAAAUGGACAUACAGUUUGAUAUCAUAAUAAAGUGCACUUUGGAUAUAAAUCAAUCGCAACACACAUACGCUUCUUGAAACCUUUUCUUAGUGAAGUGGAAAAAUAACUUUAAGUUAAAAUUGACAGCACGUAUGCUUUAACCAUGUAGCAUUUCUCAAAUAUAACCAGUAUUUUAAAAGUCAUUUAUCGACAAUUUUCUGAGGCAUACCGUAAAUGCCGUUAUUUUCAUGGCAGUUUUAGUGUAAUUGUAUAUUUUCAUUUGUUUUAUUGAUACACAUUGACAGUCAAGCUAACUAAAUACACAAUAGUAUAUACAUCAGUUUGUUUUGAAGACGAGAGAAAAAGCAAAUGAAAGUGAUCUAUAAUUAGAAGAGAACUGGACAGAUUCAAGAUAUGGAACGGAUUUAUUAAAAGGGAUAAAAAAAAAUCGUUUAGUAAAUCAACAGUAGUUGAAAUUCACGUAGUUUGAGAAAAUGUUACUCUCUUCAAAUUUUGAACCAACGAUAGAAAAUGCGCCGUGUCCGCCAUUUUUUGUUGAAGAUGUUUACGACAUCUUUAUAAGUACAGCAGCAAAUAAUAAUCUCACUGCCAAUGUGACAGUAGAGGUAUGGAACAAAUGCAUGCUUCAAUAUUCUUACCCUACAACCACCACUACAAUAACGACGGAGGCGACAACAACAACAAGUCCCACUACACUUACAUUAUUAUCAAAGUGUGACACUGUUUGUCUGUCCAUGGCACUCAUGUUUUCUGUUUGUGUUUUUUUGGGAAUACUUAUAACUUUGAUAUAUUGCAACAUAAGACACCGACGCAAGAAGCACGUUAUCAAACAUAGUAACAGACCUAAAAGAAAGAUCUCUUACGGAAAAUACAUCCCGAAAUUUCCCAAGAUGAGCAAACAGGCAGAUUUGAAAAAGACCCCUCUUGCUUACAUUAACCCAUCAUUUCUUACUGAACACGAACAUAUGUCGCACCCCUUUGAUUAUUAUUCAGCCCAGUACCAGCCUAUUGAUAACAUGUAUCCUUGGUAUCAGCCACAAAACGAAUUAUUUAGUUCCGGUGGACGUCAAUUUCACCCUUACGAGAAACGCAAUCAUCAAUAUUCAUAUAUGGGCGGGAGUCCAUCUCGCUCCGCUGAAUUUACCAAUAGGCGCUCUCGUCAUCCGUCGAUUGGCAGUUAUGUACCAAAAAUGCUCCCAGAAUCUGCUGAGAUAUACCCAUUUGGUAUAGAGGUAUAUGAUACAACUUCAAGGAAUAGUGGUCUUUCUAAAAUAGAUAUUGACUACAAAAAUGCAGACAAGGGAAAAGACGCUGUAAUAAGGGAACACAAAUUACCAAGAAUUCCAUUCGAAAAUGAUUUUUCAUCAAAUUCUCCUUACAGUAGAAUAGAUACGCGGCAAGAUCAUCCUGAUGAAAACAAUGAAGAACACAAAAGAGAUAACAGUGCAUUUAUUCUCGGUCUUCCAAGAAUACCAUUAGUCUUGGAGCAAACAGGCGGCGAAUUGAGUGAAAAGCCUUCAUGGCAAUUAGGUUUACCUAAGCCACAAGUAGACAAAAGAUAUAGUAGGGAAACUAAGCAUGAAGAAAAUUACUUCCGUCAUCCGAAGCAUGGCCUUCCAAGAACUCCAUUUGAAGCAUCAGAUAUAGGAAACGGACUAUAUGAAUUAAAUAAACAAAACCGUCGGCAAGACGAUAGUGUUGAUCACGAAAGACAAAACAUUAAAGACAAUGGCAAAUUGAAAUCGAAUGCAUAUUCGCUUUAUCAAGGAAAGAAAGAUAGCGAUGUUUGUAAAGUAAUUAAAUCAGAGAGUCAUGCAAAAGAAUGUGAUCCUUCAGAUAAAUCAUUUAGUUACUCGGUACCGUACACAAAACUUUAGACUACAACUUACCAGAUUAACAAACAGUUCAAAAUAUUCAACUGUAUACAAAAACCUAGUACACAAUUUAUGUUAUUUUAUUUUGUUUAAGUAUACAUGUAUAUUAAAACUAAAUUAAACAAAAAAUGCAUAUGUUAUAUUUUUAUUGUUCCUUUGUC